GUUAGUCUAAAUGGGAGGUGGAAGGCAGACGAUCAGCCCAGGGCUGGAAUCCUCUGUCCCUGACAACCAACAAGCCUGACACUGUCGGGGUUAUUUCCACCCCUUCCUUCUUCAAUCCGAGGAUUGCAACCUCCCACGCUAGAGUUACGCACAUGGUCCAAGAGUCCUCUGUCUCCCACGAAUGUCACAUCCAAGGGUGGGGGGCGCUCCGCUUGCGCCGCCGGGGCCCAGGGGCGCCUUCGCUCUCGGCUGCCAUCUAUCGACCACGGAGCGCCCGCUUCGCCCCGGGCCCAUCAUGUCUGCUGCAGUUUGGCUCGCACCGGUGGCGCGACAAUAAACAAGUGCACUGCAUGGGGCCCUGCGCCCGCGCCGAAGCAGAUGUCUCAGAGACCCCUGCGCUGCUUACCGCGUAGCCACCUCCUCACCGCCGGGGAGGGAAGACGCGACUUUCUCUUAAGUUUUUCUGAGCCGCCGGACUGCCGGGACACGCCACAGGCUUAGAACAACGUUGUUCCUGCCCCCCACCUCCCCGCGGACCCCCAAGGAUGUCGGAGAUAGAGAAUCCCAAAUAAUGACGAUCGUGCGCCGCAUCAAGAGAAGGAAUAGAGGAAAAGCCCCUGCAAACACCGAGAGCGAUGAAACAGCCAAGAGGAUGCGGGAACCUUACAUGUACUAAUUAGGGGUUGCGGCGGCGGGCUUGGCAAGGGUGCAGCGGCGGCGGGAUCCCAGUGCGGUGGUCUCCGCUGCGUGGGGGGGGCGGAGGACGGCGCAGGAGCCGCAGCCGCCGUGGGAGCAGCCGAGGGGCCGGUGCCACCUUCGCUCGCCCCCUCACUACCAUGUACAGUGUGCGCUGCAAGAAGAAGGCGGGCGAUGUAUGCACACCCCUGCGCCCCGCUCCCUCUGGCUCGUCCCCGGGCGUGCGCCACUGACCAGGGGGGAAUGUGGUGAAGACGGCGAGGAGAGCCGAGGGGGGAGGGGAGGGCCGGCCCGCGCGAACCCAGGCCCGAGGGUGCGAGGAGCCGGAGGCGGCUGGAGUGGGUGGCGGCCGCCGCUAGCUUGGAGAAAGUUGGCCCCUAUACAGAUGGCAACUGAGAUAAAAUGCACACUUGCUGCCCCCCACUAACUUUGGAACAGGACCUUCACAGAAAAAUGCAGAGCUGGAUGCUGCAGACUCUAGCUUUUGCUCUAACAUCUCUCGUCCUUUCGUGUGCAGAAACCAUCGAUUAUUAUGGGGAAAUCUGUGACAAUGCAUGUCCUUGUGAGGAAAAGGAUGGCAUUUUAACUGUGAGCUGUGAAAACCGGGGGAUCAUCAGCCUCUCUGAAAUUAGCCCUCCCCGUUUCCCAAUCUACCACCUCUUGUUGUCUGGAAACCUUUUGAACCGUCUCUAUCCCAAUGAGUUUGUCAAUUACACUGGGGCUUCAAUUUUGCAUCUGGGUAGCAAUGUUAUCCAGGAUAUUGAGACUGGGGCUUUCCACGGGCUGCGGGGUUUAAGGAGAUUGCAUCUGAACAAUAAUAAACUGGAACUUCUGCGUGAUGAUACCUUCCUUGGCUUGGAGGGCCUGGAGUACCUACAGGUCGAUUACAAUUACAUCAGUGUCAUUGAACCCAAUGCUUUUGGGAAACUGCAUUUGUUGCAGGUGCUUAUCCUCAAUGACAAUCUCUUGUCCAGUUUACCCAACAACCUUUUCCGUUUUGUGCCCUUAACGCACUUGGACCUGCGGGGGAACCGGCUGAAACUUCUGCCCUACGUGGGGUUGUUGCAGCAUAUGGACAAAGUUGUGGAGUUACAGCUGGAGGAAAACCCCUGGAAUUGCUCCUGUGAGUUGAUCUCUCUGAAGGAUUGGUUAGACAGCAUCUCCUACUCGGCCCUGGUGGGGGAUGUGGUUUGUGAGACCCCCUUCCGCUUACACGGCCGGGACUUGGACGAGGUGUCCAAGCAGGAACUUUGUCCAAGGAAACUUAUCUCAGACUAUGAGAUGAGGCCGCAGUCGCCUUUGAGCACCACGGGGUAUUUACAUACCACCCCGGCAUCGGUGAAUUCUGUGGCCACUUCUUCCUCUGCUGUUUACAAACCCCCCUUGAAGCCCCCCAAGGGGACUCGCCAACCCAACAAGCCCAGGGUGCGCCCCACCUCUCGGCAGCCCUCCAAGGACCUGGGCUAUGGCAACUAUGGCCCCAGCAUCGCCUACCAGACCAAAUCUCCGGUGCCUUUGGAGUGUCCCACCGCGUGCACUUGCAACCUGCAAAUCUCCGAUCUGGGCCUCAACGUCAACUGCCAGGAACGCAAGAUCGAGAGCAUCGCGGAGCUGCAGCCCAAGCCCUACAACCCCAAGAAGAUGUAUCUGACGGAGAACUACAUCGCCCUGGUGCGCAGGAGCGACUUCCUGGAGGCCACCGGGCUGGACCUUCUGCAUCUGGGCAACAACCGCAUCUCCGUGAUCCAGGACCGCGCCUUUGGGGAUCUCACCAACCUGAGGCGCCUCUACCUAAAUGGCAACAGGAUAGAGAGGCUGAGCCCGGAGUUGUUCUAUGGCCUGCAGAGCCUGCAGUAUCUCUUCCUCCAGUACAAUCUCAUACGCGAGAUUCAGUCUGGGACCUUCGAUCCGGUCCCCAACCUCCAGCUGCUAUUCCUGAAUGACAACCUCCUGCAGACCAUGCCCUCAGGCGUCUUCUCAGGCCUGACCCUCCUCAGGCUGAACCUGAGGAGUAACCACUUCACCUCCUUGCCGGUGAGUGGAGUUCUGGACCAGCUGAAGUCGCUCAUCCAAAUCGACCUGCACGACAACCCUUGGGAUUGUACCUGCGACGUGGUGGGCAUGAAACUGUGGGUCGAGCAGCUCAGAGUGGGCGUCUUGGUGGACGAGGUCAUCUGCAAGGCGCCCAAGAAGUUCGCUGAGAUGGAUAUGCGCUUCAUUAGGUCGGAGCUGCUGUGCCCAGACUACUCUGACGUGGAGGUUUCCACGCCCACGCCCUCCUCCAUCCAGGUCCCCGCGAGGACCAGCGCGGUGACCCCCGCCGUGCGGUUGAACAGCACCGGGGCCCCCGCGGGCUUGGGCGCGGGCGGAGGCGCGUCCUCGGUGCCCUUGUCCGUGUUAAUCCUCAGCCUGCUGCUGGUUUUCAUCAUGUCGGUCUUCGUGGCCGCCGGGCUCUUCGUGCUAGUCAUGAAGCGCAGGAAGAAGAAGCAGAGCGACCACACCAGCACCAACAAUUCCGACGUGAGCUCCUUCAACAUGCAGUACAGCGUGUACGGCGGCGGCGGCGGCGGCGGCGCUGGAGGCCACCCGCACGCGCACGUGCACCACCGCGGGCCGGCGCUGCCCAAGGUGAAGACGCCCGCAGGCCACGUGUACGAGUACAUCCCCCAUCCGCUGGGCCACAUGUGCAAAAACCCCAUCUACCGCUCCCGAGAGGGCAACUCCGUGGAGGAUUACAAAGACCUGCACGAGCUCAAGGUCACCUAUAGCAGCAACCAUCACCUGCAGCCGCCUCCGCCGCCGCCGCCGCCGCAGCAGCAGCAGCAGCAGCAACAGCCCCCGCCGCAGCUGCAGCUGCAGCCGGGGGAGGAGGAGAGGCGGGAAAGCCACCACUUGCGGAGCCCCGCCUACAGCGUCAGCACCAUCGAGCCCCGGGAGGACCUACUGUCGCCGGUGCAGGACGCCGACCGCUUUUACAGGGGCAUUUUGGAACCAGACAAACACUGCUCCACCGCCCCCGCCGGCAGUAGCCUCCCGGAAUAUCCCAAAUUCCCGUGCAGCCCCGCUGCUUACACUUUCUCCCCCAAUUAUGACCUGAGACGCCCCCAUCAGUAUUUGCACCCGGGGGCAGGGGACAGCAGGCUGCGGGAACCGGUGCUCUACAGUCCCCCCAGUGCUGUCUUUGUAGAACCCAACAGGAACGAAUAUCUGGAGUUAAAAGCAAAACUAAACGUUGAGCCGGACUACCUCGAAGUGCUGGAAAAACAGACCACAUUUAGCCAGUUCUAAAGGCAGAGAAACUCCCUUGGAGCUUUUGCGUUUAAAACCGACAAGCAAGCAGACACACACCGCAAACACAUUUGAUUAAUUGUGUUGUUUCAACGUUUAGGGUGAAGUGCCUUGGCACGAGAUUCUCAGCUUCGGCGGAAGAUACUGAAAGGGUGUGCAAUUUCCUUUUAAUAUUACACGUGGGGAAACAUUUGUGUAAACUGGGCACAUCACUUUCUCUUCUUGCGUGUGGAGGAGACGAAGAGUAGGGCUUUACUGAGGGCAAUUUGCUUCGCGAGUGACUUGUUAAGGGUCUCAGUAAUUUUUGUAGUGGUUGGAAGUGUUAAGAAUGGUGGGAGAUGGUGGCGCAUAGAUUCUAUUCUUCCUCUUUUGCUCCCUUCUCCCUCCCCUUCUCCCCCUUUGAGCCAUGGGUGGGUCUAAAUGGCUUUUGUGGAGAGAUUAGCACACCCCAACUUUAAUAGAAGGUUUGUUCUCUCUCUCUCUCUCUCUUUCUCUCUCCCCACCCCCCUUUCUGCUUCCUCUCUUUCUCUGCCUCCCUGCCUUUUCCUCCUCUCUCAUUCCUUUCCUUUCUUUUUAAAGGAUGUGUUUGUAUACAUUCUGGACAUUUGAAUUAAAAGAACAAACGUAUUGUGAUCUUGAAAAGAUCACCAUAGAUGUGGACAAAUCAUUAAAAUUACAGAGUUAUAUGAUCCAUAAUUGAUUAGUAAAAAUAACUUAUUGAUGAAAUAUACAAAUAUUUUAUUGUAGCACCUAUUUUUAUAUGCACAUUUAGCAUUUCUCUUUCCUUCAGUAUUUAGCCUAUGACUUUCACAGAGGUGUCACACUAUAUCAGGAGCUACAUUUCCAAAACUGAAGUGAUAUCAGGAAGGCAUUUUAAAUCAUUAAAAUAUGGAGAACUUAAUGGCAGAAUCUUAAAAGUCAAUGCAACCCACCCAAUUGGAUCUGUAAUUUAAAACAAACAAACAAACAUUGUAUCCCAAUGUAUAAAAGAAAAAGAUUUAGGGCAAUUAAUUGGGCCAUUCCAGUGAGAAUCAUGUGCAAGUUUCUGGUUUUGUUAGAGAAGAUUUAAAAGUAUUUUUAUUAGUCAACCAAAAUGAUGUAUUGAUCUGACUACUAUUGUAGCCGAUUUUUGAUUGUUUAACCAAACCCAGUUGCAUUUGUACAGAUCCACGUGUACUGGCACCUCAGAAGACCAAAUGAUGGACUGUACAAAUCUCUAUACAAUGUCUUUAUCCCUCUGGGCAGCAAGCAAUGAUGAUAGCCACAAACAGGAUAUCUGUAAGAUGGGGCUACUGUUGUUACAGUCUCAUGUAUCCCAGCACAUGUAAUUUUUUAAAUAGUUUCUGAAUAAACACUUGAUAACUAUGUCACAUA